AUGGGCCGAGAUGGUGAGAGGCAGCAGUCACGCACUUGGACCCGGGGCGGCGGCGGCGGCGGCGACCUGCUAACGCAGCUCCGGUCAGCAGACAGUAGCGUAGCUCCAGUUCAGUGCGCCAGUGGCAAGACAGACUUCGCCGCAGAGCGCAGACAGAGCGCUAUCAGGAAGGAAUCGUCUAUCAGGUCCACCCUCUGCGCUCGCCUUUUGUCAGCUCUCCGACAGGUCUACCGACCGGAAAAGCCAGCGGAACCAUCUCUGAGAGCUCCCACAGGCUCCGCGGACAGACUCGAGACCCGCCAGAGGAGCUCUUUUGCGGUCCACCCUGACUUGACAACGAGUCUAUUCUCGCCCCACUGGUACGAGAGCUAUACGAGCAAGAUGUCGACUGAGGAACCCAAGAAGUCGGACAAACCCUCGGCCAGCGCCGACAAGCCUCCUACCACCGUCUCGGGCGCUACGGGCACGCCGCGCAAGAGCAUGUCGAGCGGUACGACGUACAGACGUGGCUCGACGAGUCACCGCCGUGCGAGCGGAUCGGUCUCCAUGGGAGAAGCCGGCAAAUCUGGUACUUGGCACACUCGCACUCACGAGCAUGAGGACCAUCCUCACGCCUCCAAGAAAGACAUGGCUCAACAUGUCAGACGACUCGAACAGGUCUUUACCUUGACACCUCAGAGGAUGAGAAUGAUCGUGGAUGCCUUCAUCGAUACGCUCGAGAUCGGCCUGGCAGAAGCAGGCCAUGCCGUGCCUAUGAUACCCACCUUUGUAUUCGGUUUCCCCAAAGGCGACGAGAAAGGCCCUUUCCUCGCCGUCGAUCUCGGUGGCACGAAUCUUCGCGUCUGUCACGUCGAGCUCGAAGGCGAUGGCAAAUUUGAGAUCACUCAGUCCAAGUAUCGGUUGACGGAAGAACAGAAGCAAGGAGAAGGACAAGAGCUCUUCGACUUUUGCGCGGAAUGUUUGGCAUCCUUCCUGCACGAUCAGUACGGCGACGAGGACGGCAAUCUCAAUCUGGAAGACGAUAUUGCACUCGGCUUCACCUUCAGCUAUCCUUGCAUACAAGAAAGAAUCGAUCAGGGCGUUCUGCUUCGCUGGACAAAAGGCUUCGGUGCCAAGAACGUGGAAGACCACGACGUCGUAGAGAUGUUCAAGAAAUCGCUCGAGAAGAACAAAGUGCCCAUCAAGCUCACCGCACUCAUCAAUGACACCACGGGCACGCUCGUCUCUUCACACUAUGUCGAUCCAAAGACUCGCAUCGGCGUCAUCUUUGGUACAGGCUGCAAUGCUGCCUACAUGGAAAAAGUGGGCAAUAUCCCAAAGAUCAAGGACUUGGGUUUGCCGGAAGAUGCAGAGAUGGCCAUCAACUGUGAAUGGGGAGCAUUCGACUCGGAGAAGCACGAGCAUCUCCCGAGAACAAAGUAUGAUAUCACCAUUGACGAGACGAGCAACAAGCCAGGCCAACAAGCUUUCGAGAAGAUGAUUGCCGGUCUCUAUCUCGGCGAGAUCUUCAGACUGGUCACUUGCGAACUCAUCGAUGAUGGCGUUCUCUUCCUCGGUCAGAAUACCUACAAAGUCGAGAAGCCCUAUGCUUUCGAUACAGCUUUCCUGUCGCUCAUCGAGAGUGACACGACCGACGAAUUGCUUCUCGUGACCGGCCUCUUCACUCACUUCUUCCAACUAGACACGACGAUUCCGGAGAGGCAAUUCUUCAAGAGACUAGCGCAGCUGAUCGGCACACGUGCCGCUCGCCUGAGCGCAUGCGGUAUCGCAGCAAUCUGCAGCAAGAUGGGCUACGUCGAUGACGGCUGUCAUGUUGCCACAGAUGGCAGUCUCUACAACAAGUACCCGAAGUUCCCAGAACGGAUACACGAAGCUCUCGUCGAUAUCUUUGGCGAGAAAGGCAGAGGUAUCCUAACGCACCACGCCGAAGACGGUAGUGGAGUAGGUAGUGCUAUCAUCGCAUCGAUGACCCACAAGCGAAAGCAAGAAGGCCUCUACGAGCAUGUUUAG